AUGGUGCAGAAAUCCCGGAACGGCGGGGUGUUCCCCGGAGCGCAGGCCGACCAGAAGAAGCUGAAGGUCGGCUUCGUGGGUCUGGAGGCCGGAGGGACCGAGUCCAGCAGGGACGGAGCUCUGCUCAUAUCAGGUGGGGACGAGGGUCCUCGGCGGCAGCGCAGCAGCGUCUCUGGAGGAAAGAAACCUCAGAAACGAAACGCUCUCUACAGACGACUGCAGAACUUCCUAUACAACGUCCUGGAGAGACCUCGAGGAUGGGCCUUCAUCUACCAUGCCUACGUGUUCUUGCUGGUGUUCUCCUGUCUGGUUCUCUCUGUGUUCUCCACCAUCAAAGAGUACGAGAAGAGUUCAGAGGACGCUCUCUACAUCCUGGAGGUGGUGACCAUUGUGGUGUUCGGAGUAGAAUACAUGGUGAGGAUCUGGGCUGCAGGUUGUUGUUGUCGGUACAGAGGAUGGAGAGGGCGACUCAAAUUUGCAAGAAAACCCUUCUGUGUCAUCGACAUCAUGGUGUUGAUAGCGUCCAUCUCAGUCUUGGCUGCGGGGACUCAGGGGAACGUUUUUGCCACAUCAGCAAUUCGGUCUCUUCGGUUCCUUCAGAUCCUGAGGAUGAUCCGGAUGGACCGACGAGGAGGAACCUGGAAACUGCUGGGAUCAGUGGUCUACGCCCACAGCAAGGAGUUGAUCACAGCCUGGUAUAUCGGCUUCUUGUGUCUCAUUCUGGCCAGUUUCCUCGUUUAUUUGGCAGAAAAAGAAGACAACGAACAGUUUGAGACGUAUGCCGACGCUCUCUGGUGGGGACUGAUCACCUUGACAACCAUUGGUUAUGGAGAUAAGUUCCCCAUCACUUGGAACGGACGUCUGCUUGCUGCAACCUUCACUCUGAUCGGAGUUUCGUUCUUCGCUCUGCCUGCUGGGAUCCUGGGUUCUGGUUUUGCUCUGAAGGUUCAGGAACAGCACCGACAGAAACACUUUGAGAAGAGACGAAACCCAGCAGCUGGACUCAUACAGGCAGCAUGGAGGGUUUAUGCCACAAAUCUGAGCCGUACUGAUCUGACUUCAACCUGGGAUUAUUACGAGAGAACUGUCUCUGUCCCCAUGUACAGGUUGAUUCCUCCUCUCAAUCAGUUGGAUUUAUUGAGGAACCUCAAGAACAAAUCAGGACUCUCGUUCAGGAAGGAAGUCCAGCCUGAACCGUCACCCAGUCAGAAGGUCAGUCUGAAGGAGAGGGUCUUCUCGUCUCCCCGGAGUUCAGGAACCAAGGGGAAAGGUUCUCCUCAGCACGUGGUUCCUACAGUUGGCCCCAGUGUUGCUCCUGGUGUGGGUCCUGGAGUUCCUGGAGGUCCUGGGGGUCCCGGGGGAGUCCAGGCCCUGCGACGAUCCCCUAGUAUGGAGCCAAACCUGGAGGAGAGUCCCAGCAAGGUGCCAAAGAGCUGGAGCUUUGGAGAACGCAGCAGAACCAGACAGGCCUUCAGGAUUCGAGGAGCUGCCUCCCGACAAAACUCUGAGGUGCUGAUAGAGAUGCAGGACGAAGAGUUCAGACAGAAGAGUUCCCCAGAGGCCAGCCUGCCAGGAGAAGACAUGGCCGACGACAACAAGAGCUGCCACUGUGAGUUUGUCCCUCAGGAUCUGACCCCGGGGUUAAAGGUCACCAUCAGAGCCAUCUGCAUCAUGCGUUUCAUGGUGUCUAAGAGGAAGUUUAAGGAGAGUCUUCGUCCCUAUGAUGUCAUGGACGUGAUUGAACAGUAUUCAGCUGGACACCUGGACAUGCUCGCCCGCAUUAAGAACCUCCAGUCAAGAGUGGAUCAGAUAGUCGGCAGAGGAACACCAAUUGCAGAUAAAGACCGUCCCAAAGCAGCCAGUGAGGAGCUUCCUGAUGAUCCGAGCAUGAUGGGACGGCUGGGGAAGGUGGAGAAGCAGGUCCUGUCCAUGGAGAGAAAGUUGGACUUCCUGGUUAACAUCUACAUCCAGCGAAUGGGAAUCCCUCAGGCUGAGACCGAUGCCUACUUUGGAUCCAAGGAGCCAGACCCCGCCCCGCCCUACCACAGUCCAGUGGAUCAGCUGGAGAAGAGCCAGUCGAUCUCCAAAAACCUGCAGGCGUUGCCGAGUGACCAUGUAGAGAAAACUCGUUUUGUGACAAAGAUGGUCCGCUCCAGCAGCUCCACUGGACACAGAAACUACAACAUCCCCACCUGCCCCCCCUCCACCUCCUGGCAGCCAAUCAGCACCCAGCUUCACCAGCAGGCCCCGCCCCCUCCUCAGCGUAGCCAUGCCAACAGUCCGAGUCCGGUGGGAGACACGUCACUGGUUCGACUCCCACCUCCUCCAGCCGGAGAGAGACAUGGUGGGAACCGAUCAAUCCGGCACAGCACCGCAGAGCGAGGGGGGGCAGAGAGACCGGAGAGGGAAGGAGACAGGGCCAAUGGGACUGGGGUAGGAGGAGGAGAAGAAGGGGAGGAGGUGAAGCUAGACAGCGACACUUCCAUCUCAAUCCCGUCGGUGGACCACGAGGAGCUGGAGCGGUCCUUCAGUGGCUUCUCCAUCUCCCAGUCCAGAGAGAACUUGGACUUCCUCAACAACGGCUUCUACUCCUCCACCAACCUGGGGGACCACCGAGGAGGCGGCACCCGCUGUGCCACCGUCCGGCCCUACAUCGCUGAGGGUGAGUCGGACUCUGACUCGGAGCUCUGUGCCCCCUCACCGCACUCAGACGGUGCCUGGACCGGAACCAAGUAGAGCUGAAGGUAGAUGUGAGCAGAACCAGAAGAACCCUUAUAGUAAUUAAAAUGUGAAUGAAAACUAUGAAACGAUGAUGUGAAACAGGUCCAAGUUAACGUAUGUAGUCAAAGACUUUAAACACCAGCUGGAAGUUCAGAGUUAAGUAUCACUGUCACUGUUGGGACACGCUCGCACCUGAAUGGUUCACUGCUAUGACGUACCCGCACCUGAAUGGUUCACUGCUAUGACGUACCUGAACCUGAAUGGUUCACUGCUAUGACGUACCCGCACCUGAAGGGUUCACUGCUAUGACGUACCCGCACCUGAAUGGUUCACUGCUAUGACGUACCCGCACCUGAAUGGUUCACUGCUAUGACGUACUCGCACCUGAAUGGUUCACUGCUAUGACGUACUCACACCUGAUUGGUUCGCUGCUGGGACAAGCUCACACCUCAUUGGUUCACUGUUGGGAUAUGCUCUCACCUGGUUGGUUGCUUGUGUCCAUGUUAAUAGACACUUUUUAUUUAUUAUCAACUGUUCCAUUUAUUCAUUACGUUUUAAAAAACUUGACACAAAGCAUCAAAGGAACAACUGACUUACACAUCACCAUGGCAACAUACACACCUGUUGUUGUCUCUAUUUACUGUCCAGAGCUCAAACAAAUCAUCCUGAGCUUUCAGUGGAAACCUGGACUUCUCUGAAGGAAACUAUUGAACUCACUCUGUGGGAUUUAUUUGUUAACUUUGCCCUCUAUAGGCAAAUUCAGAUGGGAUCAAAAGGUGGUGAUGUUUCCAUUUAAUGUCUUUUAAUUCUGAUUAUUUUACUCCAAAAAUUCACUGUCAUAGACCCAGGAUUUAUUUAAAAAAAAAAUGUUAAUAGGCACUCUGAAUAGUCUUGUCACUGGCAGAUUUCUGUAGCCCGCUUACUAAUUAAGCUAACAUUACCACCAUGAGUUACUUGAAAACUUAAAUCUUCAGCCAAUUUUUUAGAAUUUUCCAACUGAUUUGUUUGAAAAUGAGAAGCCUGUAAAAGUUGUCUAUGAUGGCUCCAUACAUGAUACCAAUGCUAACAGACUGAGGCUAUGGCUAACAGGUCUGAGCUUACCUUGGAAACACUGUCCUCACACUUUUCCUUGUAUUUCUGGAAAGUUGAUCCAAAGACAUGACCAUCCAAAAAUCCAUCAUCUGACAGUCCUGCUGCCUAGUUUACAGUUGCUAAGCUGUGAAUGGACAGUCGCUGUUCAGGGAGGAGUUUAGUAAAUGGUCAGUUAAGACUCAGAUGGUGACAUAAACAGUAUUAAAAAAAUCACAAACUGAUAAUUAGGAUAACUCCCACAUAACCUGAACACAGCUUUUUUACACAAUCAUGAUGUCAUAACUAACUGUUUGGAUAUUUUUAUAAUCAAUAUUCAUUAAUUAAUCCCAACAGUUCAUUAAAUAACAGCAACAAGAAUGGUAACAUAAUACUGAGGAUGUCUGUAGGAUGAAUUUGUGAAUCUGUCCAGCAGGGGGCAGUCAGGACAAUCAGUCACUACAGGAAACCAAAAUAAGACAAACUUACCAAAAUAAAAGUCUAUUUUACUGCCUAAGCUCGGGAUGAAGAGCUUGACAUUUAUGACCAGAAGUGAAAAUAAAACAUAAACUUAGCCCUGGGGGACACUGCAGUUGUCAUUAAGUCCCCUACCUAGGAACGACACAAGGUUUAAACGUGACAUUGUGUAGUUAUGAGGUUUCAUCAGUAAGAUGAAGAUAAACUGUAAAUGGCUGAAGAAAUUGACUCAUUAUUCACUGACCUGCUGCCUGCUGACCGGCCCAUUAACAUCUGAAUGUUCUGGAGAAAAAGCUGUAUGACUAAAUCUUUAUACUAUUGUUUCUGCAGCUGAGGCUGUAAAACACAAACUGUAUCUUUGUACAGAACAUUGCUUGUUUGAUUGUAUUUCAAUAUAAUUAAAAAAAAAACCUUGAACUACAACAAACGUGAUGUGACCUGAACCACUGUCAGUCUUUUCUAUAUGGUUUGUAACGACAUCAUUGUGGUUUGUGAGGAAAUAAUUGUGGUUUGUAAGAACGUGGCUGUGGUUUGUAAAAACAUCGCCAUGGUUUAUAAGGAUGUUGCUCUGGUUUUGUUAGGACUUCGCUUUGGUUUGUAAAAACAUCGCCGUGGUUUGUAAGAGCGUUGCUGUGGUUUCUAAGGAUGUUACUUUGGUUUGCAAAAACAUCAUUUCUAAAGUAUCUGUCAUUCACACACAAAAGUGCAUCACAGUAUGCAUUUAAAGUUUUCAUCUCUAGUGCACAAUUACUUUUUAGAUACCUUCAAGUAUGACAUUAUUUUAAUCAAAAUUGUAUAUCUACAGACUUAGGAACAGCAGAAUUGGAGUUCUUGAAGUCCUGAAAUGGGCUUACAGUUCAGUACCAAGUGAGUCGAUCUCUGGAUUGUACAAUGCUCUUUCAUGCUAAAAAUGAAAACACCUUUACCCUCAAAAAAAA